AGGUGAAGAGGGCGAAAGCCUCGUUUGACAGCAGGGGCUUGUUUUACUGCACAAAACAACCAGGAUGAAGGUUUCAAGCGACGAUGCGGCAACAGAGAUAACCGAGGAGAGGUUUAGGUAGCUGAAAGGGGCCGACAGCUUUUAUCUACACCUCCCUCUGUGCGCCACAAACGCCAGGCAACUUGAAUAUCGACCCAGCUGCAGAUGAACGCCUUAAACUGCCCCUCGGAUUUGUUGUUGUUAGCCACCAAUGCUAACCAUAGAAGUUGCGAGCUAGCCUAGCGUGCUAAUGGUGAAAGCGUUUAGUUUAUCUUAGCUUGUGUGUGUGUGUGUGUGUGUUUGUGUGUGUGUUUGGUUUUUACUCAGUAUGUUUGUUGUAUGCUGAUGGAGCCAGCUAACUGCGGCUUCGGUGGUUCAAGAACUGCAGCUUUGGUUCAGCUUUUUGAAGUACCAACCCUUAACAUAGUAGUUUUCUAGCUCUCCAGUUAGCCACCACCCCCCCCCACCCCUCUUUUUGGAAGAAUGAGUAGAAAACACAAUCAUUUAAAAGGAGCAGAGGUCAGCUGCUGCGUGAAAUACUUCUUAUUUGGAUUCAACAUUUUAUUCUGGUUACUAGGAGCUGCAUUCUUGGGCAUAGGCCUGUGGGCAUGGGCGGAGAAGGGCGUACUGUCCAAUCUGUCAUCCAUCACAGACCUAGGGGGUUUCGACCCCGUGUGGCUCUUCAUUGUCGUUGGAGGGGUCAUGUUCAUUCUGGGCUUUGCUGGCUGUAUCGGAGCGCUCAGAGAGAACACUUUCCUGCUUAAAUUUUUUUCUGUGUUCCUGGGUUUGAUCUUCUUCUUGGAGCUGACUGCAGGGAUCCUUGCCUUCGUCUUUAAGGACUGGAUCAAAGACCAGCUCAACUUCUUCAUCAACAACAAUGUCAAGGCCUACCGCGAUGACAUCGACUUGCAAAAUCUCAUUGACUUUGCCCAGGAAUAUUGGUCAUGCUGUGGAGCUCACGGGUCGGACGACUGGAACCUGAACAUCUAUUUUAACUGCACUGAGCUGAACCCCAGUAGGGAGCGCUGUGGAGUCCCCUUCUCCUGCUGUGUCAAAGACCCUGCAGAGGAUGUCAUCAACACGCAGUGCGGUUAUGAUGUUCGGCUUCAAGGGGAGCUGGACCGGCAGAAAUAUAUCUAUACCAAGGGCUGUGUGGGACAGUUUGAGAAGUGGCUUCAGGACAACUUGAUUAUUGUAGCUGGGAUCUUUGUUGGUAUUGCACUUUUACAGAUUUUUGGUAUCUGCCUUGCUCAAAACCUGGUUAGUGAUGUUAAGGCUGUCAAAGCCAACUGGUGACAGGAGAGGUUGAGUGAGGGACCCCCCCCAUCCCUCACGCCCAGCCAAGUCAACACAGCACACUAACAGUCCCGUCUAGCUGAGGACGGAGCACCGACAGCAUUCAACUCUACUUUGCCACUGAGCUAAGCAGCACAUACACACUCUCGCACUUGUAUACGUGCAGACACCAAGAGUUUACUUCCCUGUUUAUCAGUGACACUUGAAGGGAUCAGACCCAAACAAACAUACAAACAGUCAACACUUUGUUUACCACUCAGCGGGGAUUUUAACCCAAAUAUACAGAGGACGGUCCUGCCUUCUUCUUUUAUUUCUUUUUUUUUUAUUUUGUUCUUUGGACGCAUGUAUUUAUGGGGCGCAGUUGCACAAGGACUUCUGUCAACUGGGAUUGGAAGCCAUGGAUGAAAGUGAGAGACAACACAAAAACAAAGGAAGAGGGACAAUACGUCUCCCUUUUUUUAGAUCAAGCAGAGCCUCUUUCUACUCAGUGAGGGGUUGAACAUCUCCUACAAACGGCCUGUUUUUAACUUGCUUAUCCCCACUUCCUGCUGCAGAGGAACGUGGGUGGCUGGCCAGCCGGCCAACACGCACAUGGAUUCUUCUGCACGUCAUUUUUCUCCAUCGUGACCUUUUUAUGACCACUGAAAAAGACUCGGAACACUGGCUGGUCAAGCCUGCAACUUCAAAUAAUUUCAGGAGAUUUAACAUUAUAAAUCCAAAUGUAAAAAGUGCCAUUAAUUUCCAGUGAUAUAUUUUGUCUUCUUCCUGUUCUUUACAUGGAAUCUCCGCACCCCGCCCCUCAAUACCUCAGGGCCUGGCUGAAAAUACACGUGUAUGCUUUCUGCCACCGGUUAAAAGCAUAUCUAUUUUUUUCCAUCCAUGUCUGUUGAAUUUAGAUACACUAACUUAAUGCAGAAAAACAAUGACAGUUCCUUGAAAAUCGCCCUGUUUGCCCUGCAGUGAUUGUAUUAUCUGAUGAUUUACUGAAGGAUAUUGUCUAGUAUUAUAUGAAAAGGCCUGGUGUGGUUAGGAUUGUAGGUCUAUGCUAUACAGGGAAAAGGGUUUAAUGUUAGUUGAGAUUGUUUAUCUCUGGGCAUCCCUCAGGCACAUGGGAUUGCUGGUUUGGGGCCUUUUUAACUUGACUUAUGUUAUCACAUUUGUCUUAUAUUUUGUCCUCUGCAUAGUGAAAUAAGAAUAUUUGUCUGUUUUUUUAAAGAUAUCCUUUAUUCAUUCUUUAUUUCCUGUCCUUUCAUAGACACAGAUUUUAAUUCUGGGUUUAUUGUUUGACUUUAGCAGGCACCUAUUUUACCUCUGACCCAUCAGUCAACUGCGAAAUAGCUUCUUUUUGUUGCAUUAUUAGCAGUCCUAAUGGAGACCAAAUAAUAUCAGCUGGCCACAAGCUAAUUGCCAAGAUUUUGUCUGGCUUCAAUUCUGAUUUUGUUAGGAAUGCCAAGAAUAACAAAUAGCAUUUCUAGAUGGGCAAAAUGUGAAUCUAUUGUCCCUUUUAUGUGGGAAGUGCCAGUUAAAAUGAAAAAUCAAACAAAAAUUAAAAAUGUUACAGUAUCGCUUUUAUCUUUAAUUCAAUGUUUUGUCUUUUUGUUUGGACUGGUUUUUAAAUAGAAUAGUAAAUACAUGCUGUUACCAUUUUGAUAUUAGCAACAGCCUCAAUAUAACAUGAAUGCUGCUUUAACUUUGACUAGAUUGAUAUGUAGUACAGUAACCGAGCUAACAACACGUCUCACAUGAUGGCAUUUAAAUAAUUUGCCAUAUUGUUAUUGUUUUCCAGGCUGAGGGAAUAUUCAGAUUAUUUGUUCUUUCUCAAGUUUACACUUUGUACUCCGCUUACCUUGCCAUUUGUUGUUCUAAAAAUCUUUUCACAUUAUAAGUUGCCCAUCGCAGCUUUUCAUCUCGUCCACGAUCCUCACAGAAUGUAGUGUCUGAUAUAACUGGGUUCACUUGAUAAUACUGCAUAUUUCUGCCUGCAUUUAACCACUGCAGUUGUUUCUGGUUGUAGCAGUAUCAUUGGGAUACAUAGCACAGGCAGGAUUUGAGUGGGAUUUACUCAACCACACACACACGGCCAAAAAAGCAUGUUUUGAAUUGCAACGCACACAAGUUGAAAGAUGAGUAGCAUUAAUAUUCUGUGCACCAAAACUUUUCCUGCUUCACCGAGUCUGUCUCUAGAAUAUAUAUACAUAUAUAGGAACACAUUCGGUAACAGCACCUUAUGAUCGUCGGCUGUGCGUACAUGUCACAUGUUGCUUUCACCCACACGCUCCCUCUUCAAAACAAAACCUGAUCUGACUGCACCUGUUUCAAAGCCUGUCAUUUUGAUGUAUUUUUAAACACGGCUCGUUUUGAAAAAAAGUAAAACACAAGACGUAACAACAGUCAGUUGAUUUAGGCGUCACGAAUAGAAUAGAUCCAGUGGAGCACAAUGCAGCUCUGCUGGAGUGACGGGAGUCUUAAUGACUACUCUCAGUUGAAAUGUAUGAGUUUGCAUAGGAGAAGCUCAUUCGUUUUAGGGCUUAAGGUGUAAUCACUGAGUAAGAGCCUCGAGCAAUCUGAGAGAACAGAUGUUUUUUUCCUUCGAUCAAAUGUAGAAACAUUUACAGGAUAAAACACAACUUAGAGCUAAUGCAAAUUCUCACACAAAGUUGCCUGAUGCAACAUGAUUUCUCAUCCUGUUAUUGUAAAUGUGUGUGGGCCUCUUUGAUUUCACUAAUUGUUAAAUCAAUCGGUCCCACUUGAGUCUAGAAGAUCAGGAUCAAACCAGUAGGGUUGUUUCCCCCCCCCUCUCUACACCUUUCUAGUUUUAUCUCUCGAAAAGUGGGCUAAAGCAUAUAAUAUGUGAUUAAUUUACCCAAAAAAUAAAAAAAAAGCAACCCCUAUGCUUAUGUAUGCCGGAAGAUUCUGUCUUGUAUAAAAUGGAGGGCUGCUGCCUUUUGAGUGAUGCUGAGGAUCUGGCUGAAGGCAGAUGGAGGCCACGGGUGUCAGUUCUGCGGCAGUACAGAGCUGCAGCUCUUAAACAAAAAAGCACUCCUGCUCUCUCUCUCUCUCUGCAGCCACCGCUGUGUCUGGAUGGAUAUGCCAAUAAUCAGACAGUCACCUUGGUAAUAAGGACAAUAAUGCCAUAAUAAUCGGUAGUAGCAGCGGCAGGACUUUAAUAUGCAGUCUCUCCAAAGGUGACUUACUGGAAUAUGUUUGUUUUAACAGCUUUGGGUGAUUCUGCUUUUGUAUUCCUUUAAUGUAGGGGGGAAGACGGAGGGAGACAACCAUGCUAAUUAUGCUUUGUCCUUUUAUCAUAAUGGCCUUGCAUCAUGAAACACCCUCUUAAUUUCUCCGCUUUCCCUGUGGGCAGUUAAAUCAUUCCAGAGGAGGAGCCUUGUGCAUACCAUGAAUGUAUAAGUCCGUAUCAGCGUGGACCGACAGCUCCACGCUCCGUUAGAAAAUUCUUGUUACUCUCACGCAGCGCAACGCACAAGACAAGUGAAGUUUAGGAAUGUGAAAUAAAGAGUUGUCUUAAGUGACUUCUUUUUUUUAAAAAGAUGUUAUUCUGAUUUUUACAUUUGUUUUAGUGCGCAUGAAAGCAGAAGAGCAUUCCAUUUCAUUGUGUUUCCAGGUGUGUGCAGACUUACAUGGACAUUUUAUAUGCAAUCGCAGAGCAUUUUAAUCAUCAGAAACAACCAGUUUAAUGCUCUUGAUUCUUAAUCUCUCCUCAGUAGCUGUAAACAAUGUGGAUGGUUCCUAAAUAUUAAAAUCAUCUCAUAUGCUUAGGUUAUGAUCAUAUUUUAUUGAUAAAACUUAUUUUGCUACAUAUGCAUAUAUGAAUGAUUUGGUUCAUUUUUUUUCUUUAUGCAUACAAUACAAAGUGACAUUGUGACUGAUAAUCUGUCCUGUGAUGAUGAUCCUUUUUCCUGCUUUGAAGUCUGCAAAUGUCUUGAGGUAAUUCUGUUGAUAUUUCUUACAAAGGUGAGCAGCACAUCAGACAUUCACAAGUCUUACCUCAUCGUGUGCAGAGAGACGCCGGUCACAUCAGAGCACAUUGAAGCAGCAUAAUUGACUUGUUUUGUGCGCAUAUUAACAGCAAUAUCACAGUUGUUAGGACUGACAUUUCCAUACCAGGUCAAGAUAUCUGAGCCAGACACAAACGUGAUCUGACUGGAACGAAAUAGUGCUUCAAGUUGAAGAUGGUUUUUACAGAUUGGCUCAGAGUUAUAUCAGAAUAUGGAUAAAGUAGUUACACAGAAACCACUAUAAAUAUCCGUUUGUUCAGCUGGACAACAGAAACAUUUUUCCUCAGUUUUUUAUUUUUACUUUACAGUAUGUCGGUUUUUAUUUGUGUGUGUCGGCAGAAUACAACACACAACCAUAUUAUCUGUCUGUUUUACAGUUUGGACCUGUCUACACUGAUGGGUAGCCUUGUAAAGAAAAAUGUUGUAUAUGAAAACUGUGGGACAUGGUCUGUUACACUGUAUAUUGUGUUAAAAUAUGCCUCUUUCAUAUAUUAAAGGAUUUAUGAUAA